AUGGAUGACAAAAAGCCUACGAGUUUCACUUUUGAGAUAGAUAACUUAUCAGAGAAGAAAGGUCUUAUAUCAUCACCAAAAUUUUUAAGCGGCAACGACGAAUGGUUUGUUAACGUUUAUCCCAACGGAUAUCAUAUUGAUGAACGAUUGUCUCUGCACCUCCAGGUUGCAAACCCUGAAUCAUUGCCACUUGGAUGGAAAAAGCAAGCUAGCUAUUCCUUUGCUCUACUGAAUCAAUCAGGCGAAGAGCUAUACAGAACACCUGAAUCAUGUAAAUUGUUCCGCCCUCAGUUCACAGGAUGGGGUAGCCCAAAGGCCUUCACUCUUCAAAAGCUUAAAGAUAUGGGUUAUUUGGAGAACAAGCUGAUUUUAAAGGUCGACGUAAAAGUGAUUGAAGCUGUUGAUGAAGGAGCUGUAACUGGAAAUGACAUUUAG